AUGAUGGAGGAGGUGCGGCUCCUGGGUCAAGUGGUCCGGGGUCAUACGGCCCAGGAUUCUGCGGACCGGGAUAUUACAGUAGGUACUCAAAAGUAUGCAGCCAUGGUAGAGUGCCACGGUAUGCUAUGCAGCCAGAGUACACAAGCACGGCUUGCAGCCAGGUGGCCGCAAUACCGCGUGGCACUGGUGCUGAUCCAGAGUGGCAUAAGUGUGCCAGGAGAGGACACUGGAGCGGCAGAGAAGGCAGCAACACUCUGUGCCGCUGUGACCUCCCUGCCAAGCACUGUCGUGCUGCCCCAUUCUGACGCACACCUCCUGGGCUACACAGUGAGGCUGGAGACUGCCCUCAGUGAGAUAGCCUGGUCCUUCUACCUCGGAGAAAUCAAAGGCGUGAGAGCCCACCGCGAUUUCCUCAACAAGACCAACCACAGCCUGCUCUUCGUGCGGCACCAGUUCAAGCUCGGCUUCCUGAACGAGAUGCGUAAUGACCGGCAGACGGCUAUUAAACACUAUGCACAGUGCUACCACCAUCUACUAGAUCUCAGAUCAACAGACACAAACCUCCAUGAGAUACGCAUUGUGGCUGCAAUAGUGAACUACAAGAUCUGCCGUCUGGACUUUGCUCUCAACCUCCCACGAGAUGCUAUUGCUCAGUUCCGCCGACACAUUGACCUGUUCCGUCAGAGGACUGGGCCCAAGGAGCUCAUCUUUGAGCAUUACGCGUGGCUCUCUAAGCAGUAUCAAAUCUUUGGAGACGUGUUUGAAGAAGCUGUUCGCUUGGGGUUGCCAGCUGUGCAGACACAACAUCCUGGCUUUUACUACCAACAGGCGGCACAAUACGCUGUACUCAGAAGAAAAACAGCACUCCAAGUUUGUAAGGACGUGACUGCCCCAGUCUCCGACUUACUUGAGGGAUGGAACGAGCUAGAGUUCUACGGGCAGCGACCUUGGAGGCCUGGCAAGCACUCCUUAGAACCACCUGAGCAGCAAAGGGAAGCGGAGGGCAUCAGGGAGGUCCAGUACCAUGAAGUGAAGGAGGUGAACCACUCCAACGCCAUCAUCCCGCUCUUCUCGUCAGCCAUCAGUCAGUUCAAGAAGUACCGCUGCCCACGGAUCAAGCGUCACCUCAUGGUGCAGAUGGCAGAGGAGUACCACCAGGCCAGCGACCCCUCCAAAGCCCUCACACUGUUGAACCACGUGAUGUGGGACUACCGGAGCGAGCGCUGGUGGGGGCUGCUUUCGUCCUCGUCCCGCCUGGCCCUCCAGUGCGCCUACUGUACAGCGGCCAUCACAGAGUACUUCGGCCUUUCACUGGAGUUUGUGGGAGGGCGGGUGCAGGCAGCGGCACAGGAGAAGAGGAGGGUCUUCGACAAUGUGAUGAGGCUACUCAGUGGUCAGGCACCAGAACCUGAGCCAGACACUCCUCCUGAGGUGGUUACCAUGGCAACAGAGGCCUGGUCCUCCCUGCUAGGUGGGGGACAACUGGCACCUGUCACAGUUGACAUGACAACGCUGGUGCCCUGCCUGGAGGUCAGGGCCUCCUUCGGGCAGAGCCAGUUCCAUGUGGACCAGGAAGUGGCCAUCACACUCAUGAUAAGAAACACGUGCCAGGAGCCCCUUCAGCUGAGCUCCCUGGGGGUGACCACCAACUCCCCCUCCUACAACGACCGGCUGCUGGAGACGCGGCCAGAGCACCUGCUCCUCGAGCCGAACUGCGUCAAGGAGCUGUCCCUGAGCUUCAAGCCCUUGGUGGAGGAUGUGAGGAAGAAGGUCAAAGUGAGCGGCGUGAGGGCUCAGCUGGGCACGCCAGGAAGCAGCAUAGUGGUGAGCCUGCAGUGGUCUGGCCCCGGCAACGAGGGGGUCACCGUGCACGCCGGAAACACUCCGUCUUUCUCAGAGUUCAACAUUCUCUGUGGAGAUAAGUUUGACACAACAGUUCCCAUCGCAGAGACGGAGAUUUUGCCCCGACAACCAAAACUCCAAGUCAAGACAGAGCACGACUCCACAGCUCUAGUGUGGGAGUGGCUGCCCAUAUCGGUUCAGCUGACCAACGGAGAAGAGAGCUUGGUCUCAGACAUCUUGGUCAGCUUUGGGCUCGACUCCUCCUCACAUUCCAACCUGGAACAUGCAACACAAGUUUGUACGUCAUCUGGCCUGCAGAGUGACAAACUGGGCUCACAGGUCAACCACUUCCAGUCUGGGGAUUUGGCCGUGGGAAAAGAGUGCUCUCUGACCUUCUACGUCAAGUGCCUCACUGCAGCAGAGAGGACUCUUAACCUCAAGGUGGAAUACACAGUAACAGUGUCAUCAGGGACGACCGUCAGCCACUGCCCCUGUGUGUACGAGAAAUCCUUUCAGAUUCAGGCUAUGAUUCCCUUCCAGGUCAGUGUAGAAACCCAGACGAUGCGUUUUGAGAAGGUGGGAAGGGUAGCUGGAGCAGAGAAUUUCCUGGUCAUUCCAAGGAUCAAGUGCCUGUCACAUGUCCCCAUUACGCUCACCAAUUCCACGCUGGCCCUGGCCAGUGAAGCUCAGGUCAUGGGAGGCGAGGCCAUUUCACAGAUUGCAGACACGGAGCUGUGCGAUGGGGAGAUGGGGGCUGACUGCUUCUGCAUUGCCCUGUCCCCGAGAGCAACGCCAAACACGGCCGUGACACUCGGGCAGUAUGUGCUUUACUGGAAGAGGUCUUCAAGCAGUUCCCCAGCAGUCAGCGUGAGCGUGGGCCUUCCUUCUGUGGUGGUGGAGCAGUGGGGGGUGUGGGUGGAGUGCGAGGUUCCCCCCCAAGGUGUGGUACGGAGCCCCCUCACUCUGGCCUAUAACAUCGCCAACAAUGCUGCACACACCAUGGAACUGGCCCUCACCAUGCAGGUCUCGGACGCAUUCAUGUUUGCUGGACACAAGGAGCUGCGUCUCAAAGUGCUGCCGGGGUGCAGCGAAAGAGUGACAUACACCCUGUACCCACUGCUGGCGGGCAAUGUGCAGCUGCCCAAGCUGUGCCUGAGCAUCGAGACACAUUCCCCCGGCCAGCCAGCUUCCCUCGAAGCACUGCUGGCGCGCAUCCUGCCCACACAUAUAUACAUCAUGCCUCAAGCUAAGAGGAACGACACAGAAGUAGCAGCUUUGUCUGGCCAAUUCGCAGCCAUGGUCGCCAGCUGAUCUCCUCCCCAUUGCGAAAGGACCAGCUGCUCGCGCGCUGUGGAAGGAAGCAGGACGCACUGUUUAGGCUGGAAGGGAGGCAGGGUUCAGGUGAUAGGAAGGGAGGUAGGGCUUAAAUGGUAGAUUCUGACUCCUUUCUUUUCUCCUUCUACUUGUUGAGCAGCUUUCAUCCUGAAGUAUGCAAUAUGGUGUCCCUUAACAUUUUAUAUUGCUUAUGUGGUGAAGCGAACGUUGAGGUGUCAUCCAUUAUUUGUGCUGCAGGCAAAGGGACACACAAAAUCAACAAGACAAAUCUGUCUUGUGGUCAGUGUUUGUGUCUUAUUUUGUUGCCGUAUUUUUUCAGGGGGGGAGGGGGUCACUGUAUUGCACAUUUGGAUCUCUGUUUUAUUUUAUGUAACUUUAUUUUGUUUGUGUGACUGCAUGUCAUGAGUGUGACUAAACAGCAUUAUAAUUAAAUUAAGUUAAGGAAAAAAUGUCCAUGAAACAAAUCUUUAGAAACAAGUUUUACAAUUGUAACUUGCAGAAAUUGCAUUCUGAAAUAUUUUAUUUUAUUUAUGUAAAUGGUCUUGAUAUAUUUAUGAAUUUGGGGAGACAUUAAAGGAGAAAGAGGAAGUCUACUUACUGAAUAAACAGUAAAACAUAAGGGUGCUUCUUGUGCAGUUACCUUGUAGGUUCUCUUGACUCUCAUUAUCUAAUGCUAAGUUUUUAUCAUUGUUUACUGAUAGUUAUGUUGUAAUUUUUUUUUUUUUUUUUUUUUAUGCAAAAAAUGUGCCAGGAAUUUCUAGUGAAGAGAAUAUAUUAUCAAAAGUUUGUUAAAGAUUUUUUUUCUAAUUAUGUUGAAAAACCUGUUUAGUAUAACACUUUUCCAAAUGUUAAUUGUAAUGUAUAAGAACAUAUAUGGAAAUCACAGCAAAUCAUACUAUUUUUCCCUUAAAAGUCACCUGUAAAAUUGUAGCCACACUUUGGGGUGCGAAGUUGCUUGACGUGAGACAGAACCAACUACAAGACAUGAGCUUCCUUCAUGAACAGAUAUCUUCAAAGACAGAGGAAACAGAUUUAGAACUUCAAAGUCUGUUUAGUCUAGUCAAAAGACACUUACAUUGUUUAACUUAUAUAGGGUAAUUGCUGGGGAAUUUUUCCUUUAUAUGGAGAGACAGCAGCAAAACCUUGCAUCUAUGUACUAUUAUUAUUUUUAAACUGUUAUGUAUGUAUUGCUGUAUCUUGAGAGGGAGAGAGAGUGUUAGAGUUUUUAUAACGGACUAAUGUCCUUUAUUAUUAUUUGAAAUGGUAUUUUCCAUAUUCAUUAUUUGAUAACCUGUUUAUUGCUUUCAUAAUAUAGCAUUUACAGGACUGGUAUUAACCACAUAAGAGUUAUUAAUGUAAAUCUGUUAUAUUCUGAAAAUUAAUUAAUAGUGUAAAUCUGUUAUAUUCUGAAGAUUAAAAUUAAACAUUAA